UUUUGUCCUCAGCGCCGAUCCGUCGCCCCGCCCUCGCCGCUGCCAUGGCGGCAGCUCCGCCGCUCUCCAAGGCCGAAUAUUUGAAGCGCUACUUGUCUGGGGCAGAUGCCGGCGUUACUGGGGGUACCGAGUCUUGUCGCAAACGUCGCAAAAAGCGGCCGAAGCCUAGCGGGGCUGGCGGCAAGGGAAUGCGAAUUGUGGAUGAUGAUGUGAGCUGGACAUCUAUCUCCACCACUAAACCAGAAAAGGAGGAAGAGGAAGAUGAUGGAGAUUUGCCUGUGGUGGCCGAAUUUGUGGAUGAGCGACCAGAAGAGGUAAAGCAAAUGGAAACCUUUCGUUCUAGUGCCAAAUGGAAGCUUCUCGGAGGUCACAGUGAAGAUCUACCUUCACACAGCCAUUUCCAUCACGACACCCCAGAUCCUUCACCUCCUAAGAGGGUCCGUCACGACACCCCAGAUCCUUCACCUCCUAGGAGGGUCCGUCACGACACCCCGGAUCCUUCACCUCCUAGGAGGGUCCGUCACGACACCCCGGAUCCUUCACCUCCUAGGAGGGUCCGUCACGACACCCCGGAUCCUUCACCUCCUAGGAGAGUCCGUCACGACACCCCGGAUCCUUCACCUCCUAGGAGGGUCCGUCAUGACACCCCAGACCCUUCUCCUCCUAGGAGGGUCCGUCAUGAUAUCCCGGAUCCUUCUCUCCCCAGGAGGGCCCAUCAUGAGUCACCAGAUCCCUCUCCUCUCAGGAAGCCUCAUCGUCAUUCUUCAGCUGUACCUCCUAGGAGGGCCCAGUAUGAUACACCAGAUUUAUCUCCUAGGAGAGCCCUUCACAGUUCCUCAGAUAUCUCUCCCCACAGAAGGGCCCGUAACAACUCCCCUGAAACAUCUCAAUCUAGAAGGACUCUUGAUUCUUUGGACACAUCACAGGUCAGGAGGGCCCAUCGUGACUCCCCCAAUUUGCCUCCUAAUGUUCCUCAUUCGCGGCCUAGAACCAAAAGCAGUAAAGCCCCAGAAAGAGCCUCUAGCAAAACUUCUCCAUCACUCCCGAAGAACAGCAAAUAUGAAUAUGACUUGGACCUCUCUCCUCCACGAAAAAGGCAGUCAAAAUCCCAUUUUGGAAAUAAACAGCAUGAUUCUAAAGGCUGUUCACUCAACCGUAGGAAAUUUCAUAUAAACUCUUCACCUGGAAGACAUCUGAGUCACAUGUUGGACUUUUCUUCCUACCCAGGUGGCAGUCUGAAAGCCUCUGAUUCAGAUCUCUCCCCUCCACGGAAGAAACAAAGUCCAGGGCAUCAGGACUCUGAUUCAGAUCUGUCCCCUCCACGGGACAGACUUAGACACCAGAGCUCUAGUUCUGACCUCUCUCCACCAAGGAGGAAACAGGGGGCCAAAUCUUCAGAUUCCGAUCUGUCUCCACCUCGAAGGACUCAGCCUCCGGGAAAGAAGGCUGCACACAUGUAUUCUGGGGCUAGAACUGGGUUGGUGUUAACUGACAUACAGCGAGAGCAGGAGGAACUCAAGAAACGGGACCAAGAAACCAUGGCAUUUGAAGCUGAAUUUCAAUAUGCUGAAACCAUAUUUCGAGAUAAGUCUGGUCGUAAGAGGAAUUUGAAACUGGAACGUUUAGAGCAAAGGAGAAAAGCAGAGAAGGACUUGAAGAGAGAUGAGAUGUAUGCCAAGUGGGGAAAAGGGCUUGCCCAGAGCCGACAGCAGCAACAAAAUGUGGAGGAUGCAAUAAAGGAAAUGCAAAAGCCUCUGGCUCGCUAUAUUGAUGAUGAAGAUCUGGAUCGGAUGCUGAGAGAACAAGAAAGAGAAGGGGACCCAAUGGCCAACUUUAUCAAGAAGAGUAAGGCCAAAGAGAACAAGAAUAAGAAAGUGAGACCUCGCUACACUGGCCCAGCACCACCUCCCAACAGAUUUAAUAUUUGGCCUGGAUAUCGCUGGGAUGGUGUGGACAGAUCCAACGGAUUUGAACAGAAGCGCUUUGCCAGGCUUGCCAGCAAGAAGGCAGUGGAGGAACUUGCCUACAAGUGGAGUGUGGAGGAUAUGUAACUUUUCUGAGGCUGUGAGGGUGGCUGUGGUUGUGGUAGUGGACAUAGGGUAGCCACAUAUCCAGCUGUAACAGUUGUUUAUGCUAAUAUUCAGGGCCCACACAGACCAGCAACUUGUUGAAUGCCAGUUUUGACUACUAGCAUUUGAGAAGAAGAAGAUUUGACACCCGAUGUUUGGACAGAGGCACCUGUAACUUCUCAGGUGUUAAUGCUGGCCGUUGCUGGCUUUCAAAGAAAACAUUGAUUUCUUAGUCUCCCAGGAUUUGUUCUUGGUUAAGUUUUUUUUAAAUAAACAUACAUUUAUUUUUUUAAAAUCA